ACACGUGUAAUAGAUGGUAUAGUUUAGCGGUGAAUUUUAAGGGCGUACUUUAGCUACGAGCCCUUAAGGGUUUCUACAGAACCACAGCGAAAGCCAGCAGCAUGAGGCGAUCGCACGGCGACGGCGAGAUGGCCGACCGCGAUCGUGACCGGGACCGUUACCGUCCUCCGACAUCCGUCGCGUUGAGCUCACAUAGAUCUGGAGAUCAGUCGUUGAUCGGAUCCGACCCAACCCGGAUCCGAUCCUCAGUCCUCCUCGAGGAUAGGAUCGAGAUCCAGCAGCGAGAGAUCCAAUCCCUUUUGGCCGAUAACCAGCGGAUCGCGGUGGCGCACGUUGCGCUCAAGGAGGAGCUCGCCGCCGCGAAGCUCGAGCUCGAGCGGCUGCUCCAAACGGCCGCGAAGGUUAAGGCGGAGAGAGAUGCGAAGGUGCGGGAGGUCUACCAGAGCUCGCUGAAGAUUGAAGCCGAGGCUCGUGUGGUCGGUGUACUUGGAGUGGAGCUUGACCAGGUGAGGGCGGAUGUACAGAAGCUCGCUGCGGGUAGGGAUGAGCUAGCGGCGGAGCUAGCGACGAUCGACGGCGAGUUGACCAAGGUUAAGUCCGAUUCGGAACGAGCGGCGGAGAUUAAGGGCGAUAUUGAAACUCUACGGGAGGAAAUUCGGAAAGGAAGGGAAGCCAUGGAGCUUGAGAAGAAGACACGAGCAAGUAAUCUUCACCAUAAGCGUGUAAUGGAGAAAACCUUUGGGCUCCUAAACUCUGAGAUCAUAAAGCUUCGUGAAGAAUUGGCUAGCUUACGGAACAAGGCUAAAGGAGCAGCUAUAGAGGCACCAAGCCCAAACCAAGGAUUUGCUGCAAGUUCAGGAAACCAGGAUGUAAUAUAUGGCGGUCACCGCCCAUAUUCUGAAUCUUAGGUUACUCGCCAGGUAUAUGAAACCUCCGAUUGGCUUCUGCAACGUCCGCCUCCAGAUACUCAGCAUGGUCCCAACAAAUAUUCAGGAGCCUGGUCUGAUGGUAAAAGAUUUGACGAUGGUUCUUGCUAAUCCAUUGCGAAAGUACUAAACUUUGCCACCAAGUGAAUUCCACUGUCUCCAGAAAGGAAAGUACUUUCCAAUUCAUGGAUCAUUGUCUUACAGAAUCGUGAUUCAAUAUAUGAAUACUGCCCUUGACUCUCCAAAGAAAAAAGGGAUGGUAAAAAAAAGGCGACAACUUGUACGGUGAUCCACAUUUCCGGUGAAGCUGCCGUCUAAACCUAUUCCGACAUACAGAAAACCUGACUGGUUUUGUGCCCUUGGCAUUAUUCAGACACUACCCAAAACUUAAGCAGCAGUUCUCUUCCUCUGCUCUUCUAUGAUGGACAAUUUCACACCCUUAUCCUUUGGGAGAGAACCCCACUGUUUCUGACCCUUGCCGAUGUUGAACACACUCCCAACACGGGUCGCAAACUCGUGGCCCAGUCUGGUCCGUCUUUGGAUGUGUAUUGUCUCGAAGCUUGUCUUGUACUUUUCCCUGUUCUUGAUUAUACCCACUCGGCCUUUGUCCCUUCCUCCGGUGACCAUAACGACAUUACCGACAUCAAACUUGACGAAGUCAGACGAUUUUGUUGGACUCGAUGUCGAGUUUGCUUGUGUUCUGAUCAGAGGGUCCGGGUCUCGGAUAGUUCGGCCACAUAUUCAGGUACUGGACUACCCUUUUGCCCAAACUGGGCAGAUAGAUCUGACCUUGCAGAGCUUAAAGUUCAAACUGGAAGAUGGAUAAAACCACAAUACGGGGGAUGGAGAAACCGGCAUUUGAACAAGAAGCUAAAAGUAAUCAUCGAUCAAAUCAAACUUGAGACCGGCAACCCUUGGUGUCAUGGAGAAACCGGAAGUUGUAUUUUUCGGCCCAUAUGCCCAUACCAGGGUAACGAGCCCAGGUAAAAAAAAUCGGUGAAUUAGGGUUUCUUCUCUCCGUCUUCCUCUGGAGUGGAGCAGGAGCACGCACUGCGAAAAUGGAGAAGGGACGCCAAGGAGAGCGAGUGAGGUCAAAGUCGAACCAGUACCCAAACACAUCACUGGUCCAGAUCGAGGGGGUCAACACCAAGAGGAGGUGGCAUGAUAUUUGGGGAAGAGGAUGGCUUACAUCUACAUAGUGACGUAAAACAGGCGGGCUCGCACCGGCUCGUGUCGAGCUAGUUCAUUUUUUCGCAGUCCAUUCGGUCAAUUUUUUUACAAGUUAGAAAAACUCUUACCUACGCAUGAGUCAGUCACUUUUUACCUAAUUCUCCGUGAACGAGUCAGUUUGUUUUUACGUAAUUAUCCGAAAAAAAUUAAAUAAAAAAAAAU